AUGCAAGAAACAACAGUCCUUCAAAAGAACGCAACACACGUUCAAUGGCAUUAUAAGAUCAAGAAGAAAGAACGCCUGAGACAACAAGCCAUUCAGAGCCAUGCGGGAAAACCUACGGUGCCGCUGAACGAUCCAUUCCCUAGAUGCUUGAUGAAGAGGAAUGAUGAACAAAAAUUUAUGUGUUUUCUUAAACUCCUAAGGCAACUGCAUAUCAAUAUUCCACUUAUAGAGGCCUUGGAUCAAAUGCCAAAAUAUGUCAAAUUUUUUAAGGACAUUUUGACAAAGAAAAGGAGAGUCAGCGAUACGGAGGUAAUUACGCUAACGCAGGAAUGCAAUGCAUUAGUAAGCAACAGUCUAACCAAGAAACAGAAGGACCCUGGGAGCUUCACAGUUCCGUGCUUGAUAAGAGGGUUGGAUGUGGAACAUGCGUUGUGCAAUUUGGGAGCAAGCAUUAAUCUCAUGCCACUCUCAAUCUUUAAGAAACUGGGAAUUAGUGAAGCACAACACACGUCUAUUACUCUUCAACUUGCUGACAGAACAAUCAAGUACCUUGAAGGAAAGAUUGAAGACGUUCUGGUAAAAGUUGACAACUUCAUAUUCCCAGUAGAUUUUAUCAUCUUAGACUAUGAAGUGGAUAAGGAGAUACCAAUUAUUCUUGGACACCUCUUUCUAACUGCUGGGAAAGUUUUAAUAAACGUGCAUAAAAGAGAAUUGACUAUGCGCGUAGACAAUCAAGAGGUGAAGUUUAAUGUGUUAAAUGCAUUAAAAUUCCCAGACAGUGAAGAAUGUCAACUGAACAGUAUAGAGUUGCCUGUAGAAGAAGUGACCCAAGUGUGCGAGGUCCUCACGUUAGAGGAAAGCAUGAAAGAACCUGAGCCACUAAGUUUGAGUGAGCAGCAGAUGAAACCAACACGUCCAUCACUAGAGGAACCACUAGAACUUGAGUCUCAUGGACGAUUUUUCAGUCUUUGGAGACUCAUUCAAAUCAUGCUUAGAUGA